AGUCUCUUCCACAUGCAUUUGCAUACGCAUACAUGUCGGCGCCCUCCAGAGAAGUCCCCAAGUUCUCGAGCUUCCGUUCAAAAAACUCGGUUCCUCAGCAGAAACAACCAUCGCCGCCAUCGACAGCCUCAAAACGACACCUGAGUACUGAAGGUCAUCAUCACUCACUUAAACGUCAAAGGACAUCCGAGCGUCAAUAUUCUUCGUCAAAUCAUGACCAGACUUCACACAAGUAUCCACCAAAACCAUCCGACACACGCCACCGUGACAAACGUCAACCUUGCACCACAAGCGAUUCACUUCUCAUUCAACAUGAUGAUGACGAUCGCAAUCUCUUUGUUUUCGACCGAAAUGGUGACCCUCAGAAUGUUAUCUAUGACAGACUGCACAAGUAUAGCAUACCGCCAUACCAACGCAUCGGCUUCGGAAACGUUGUGGGCUUGCACACCAUAUUCAAGAUUGACCGCGAUGAAUCUGCCAUUGACAAGGUCGUCAUCACUGACACCUCCAUUACUACCAAGAAGAAUCCCCAGCGACUGCUCUUGAAGCGACAACGGACUAAGGAGCUUUCUGUCUUUGAGAUUCGAGGCAAGGACGAACUAGAUUUGGAUCAAGACUUCGUGAAAUUCCCGCUUUCUACGGGCGACUCUGAUGCUGCGCUGAUUGAUGAUCCUCCCGACUCGUGCAGAGACAUAGGUUGCUCAGCGGAUUCGGUCUCGCAAGAAUAUCAAAAGCGGGAAUUCAAGACUGAGGCCACUGCUGCCGAUUUGCGAGCACGCCAGCGCAAUGUCGAGUUAGUCAGAGCCACAAAGGCUGACCCUUCGAACCUCCAAACCUGGCUUGACCUGGCGACUCAUCAAGAGCACCUUGUCAGUUCAGGCGCUGAUACUCAUUCCCUAAAUAACACCGAACGGCAGACUUUGGCAGAUAUGCGUAUAUCUAUCUAUGAAAAGGCACUGAAACACUUUCCUAGCAGCGAAACACAUGAAUGCGAACCUCUGGCCUUGGAGCUCUUACGUGAGGCUUCUCUUGUGUGGAGCAGCCAGAAAUAUUUGCAAAGGCUUCAGGAAAUUCUCCAACAGCAUCCUAAGAGCUUCUCCAUCUGGAGCCUCUACAUGGACGCACAUCAGGCAAAUUCGACCAACUUCCGUUUUGAAGACGUCAAAGCGUUCUUUAUUCGCAACCUCCGCACGUUCGGCUCAAGGGUGGAAUCGGAUCCAGAUCCCGAAACCCAGAAACUGAUACUUUAUCUGAUCCUGCGCUACACCGUCUUCUUACUUGAUACUGGCUACGAGGAGCUGUCCAUAGCAACAUGGCAAGCUCUUUGUGAGUACCACUUCUUUCGGCCAAAACUCCUAGCCACCUGCGAUACCAGUCAGGUUCUUUCCAAUUUCGAACACUUUUGGGAGAACGAGACUCCAAGACUUGGUGAAGUCGGAGCCAAUGGAUGGUGCGCUUCGCAGGAAAAUGACCCUGCAUCCGAUCAGUAUAUAUCAAUUGUCGCCGAGAGGCAAGACCCGGGCUUGCCUUUUAAGUCUUUCGCUACCCUUGAAAGAUCCACGAGCCAGUCGUUGCUAUUUCCAGGCAGAACUAUGGACCAAGCCGGUAACGAAGAUCCAUUUCACGUUGUCUUCUUCUCGGACAUUUGUGAUGUACUGGAGGCGACAGCGGCUGGAUUUGACCAAUGCCAUCUGCUGGACGCCCUGUUAUGUUACUUGGGCCUUCCUAGUAUACCCUCAGCAUCUGCAACUGGUCUGCGUGCUCAAUUGCCGCUUGAAUGGCGAUUCAACUCGUUUAUCCACCAAGGCCUUUUGCAACUCGAUCUGUGGGAUGAUAACGGCGAUGACCUCAACACCCAACGCGCACAGCACUACCAGGUAUCGACUGAACUGUUGUUCUCUCGGGCGUUUCAGACGAUCUCGGUACCCGCACUCUCGGAUGAGGGCCGUCACCCUCAGCGAUCGCGGGAACAUACCACUCAAUUCGUAGGCAGAAUACUGUCAAGUAUAGUUAAACGGUUCCCUGGAGACGACAACUUGGCGGAGUACUAUCUGGCAUUCGAGCUUUCUUGUUUUCCUGAGGCAGCACCUAAAGUCGCCAAGAAUCUUUUGAAACAACGCCCAUCAAGCCUUCGACUAUACAACGCAUGUGCCACCAUUGAGGCGAGCUUAGGAAGAGUCGAAAGAGCUGCUCAGAUUUGGUCCGGUGCAAUCAACAUGAAAGAUAGUCUUCCAGAAGCCGCACAGGAGGAGCUCAUAUUACUCUGGCGAGGAUGGGUCUGGUGCGAUCUUGAAGCGAACCAAUUGAGGAAGGCUCUAAUUCAUCUAAAUUCCUUCGGAGGCCCGGCGAGUUUGAACGAUGACGAGCCUACUCAUGUGUCGCCUGCGUCUGUAUUAAGACUGCGCAACGCUUUCAAGGACGGUUUCUGGUACUCCGUCGGUCGAACUCGACCUCACCUAGUUGCUCUGAAUGUGGAGAUGUUAGCGCUUGUUGCGUAUCUGACGGAACCAGAUGCAUUACAAGCAUCUGUGACUGCCGUACACGAAUAUUGCAACAUCGUGAAAACGCAAACCGCAGGCAAUCGCUUGCUUCUUGAGGCGUUUCAUCAGAUCAAGGCUGGCAUUAUUGACUACCAUGUUCGCCACAAACGGCCAUACAAGCCCGCGUUCGUGAGGUCCGAGAUGGAGGCGAGUAUUGCACUCUUUCCAAAUAACAACAUAUUCCUUGAGUUGUACCGGGACAACGAGGUGCGGUUCCGGCUUGACGAUAGAGUAAGAUCGUUACUCAGGAGCCAGGUUCUCACUCAUAGUCAACUGCCUAUUGUGACAUGGUCAUUUGCGAUUGACCAAGAAUUGCUUCGGUAUGCGAGCCAGUCUUCUGGCUCGACUGUGGAAUCGGUGAGAUCAACUUUCGAAAAGGCGUUGAUGACGAUCGGAAGCGCAGUACGUUCCUCGAAGACACUCUGGACCAUGUGGUUUCGAUUUGAGAAGCACAUAGCCAUGGAGGCUGCAAAGGCUCUCACCACAGGCAAGAAGGAUGUUUCGAGAGUAGAUCCUUUUCAAAGAUCAAAGCAAGUUUUCUUCUCAGGACUGCAUCAUCUUCCUUGGUGCAAGAGCUGGAUCCUAAUGGGUCUGGAGACUUUCAACAGAGAUGACGGGUUUGGAUGGGGGGGCCAAGAUCUGCAGAGGUUGUGCAAUGCACUUGUUGACAGGGAGCUUCGAGUAAGAGUUGAUGGAAUCGAGAAACUUUCAGAUGCCGAGUCGGGCAACAGCUUGCGACAUAACCACAGCUGAAUUCAGCUUCGAGCCGGCCUAGUCGGUCUCUGGAGUACCUCAGAUAGAUAGCUAAUGAUUACCAUACAGUACGCCAUGCUCCAUUUAUGAUAGCACUACUCUUCCAGAGAAGACCGUUGCUUUUG